AAUAAAACUAGGUUAUCUAUACAUUGAUUCUUUUAUUAAAGGUUUCUGUUUAUUUGUAGGUAAAAUAUUUUAUCUUAACCUACUUGAUGUAUAUUGGUAUGAUGUAAGUAAUGCGGCUCGUGAAGUCCGUGAACUCCGUAAGAACCAUGGUUCUUGUGGUGCAUAUGUUCACUUUCAGAAUGAUGUAUGUUAUGACCAUACGUUGUUUCAGAUCCUACAAGACCGUAAUUGCCACCUUUAAUGCUACCGCCUUUAAUUCCACCGCCUUUAAUGCCACCGCCUUUAAUGCCACCGCCUUUCAUGCCACCGCCUUUAGUGCCACCCCCUUUAAUGCUACCACCUUUAAUGUCACCGCCUUUAAUGCCGCCCCCUUUCAUGCCACCGCCUUUAGUGCCACCCCCUUUAAUGCUACCACCUUUAAUGUCACCGCCUUUAAUGCCACCACCUUUCAUGCCACCACCUUUCAUGCCACCACCUUUAAUGGCACCACCUUGAGUGCCACUACCUAUACUGCCUCCUGCCAUAAAACCGCCACCAUUAUUUUCAAGGCCACUGCCUUUAGAGCUACCGGUUUUAAAGCCACCACCUUGAGUGUCAGUAACUACACUGCCUCCUACCAGAAAACCACCACCAUUAUUUUCAAGGCCACCGCCUUUAGAGCUACCGGUUUUAAAGCCACUACCUUUAUGACUUCCGCCACUUUGCUGUUUUUUAGUGCCCUGCAUACCGUUAUUUUCAAGUCGACCAUUUCCUCCGCCACCUUUAUGUUUUCCAUAACCAUAUCCAUCAUUGCCAAUUACAAAUUUGUCAACGUAUAUACCACCAUGUCCACCAUCAAACCCACC